GCAUUGGUUCUGGAUGUAAACAUGCCUUGGUUUGAGCACAAAACCACUGUUUCUGUUCCACUUUGAAUGAGUUUUACAGAAAUGAUGACUAUGUGGUGAUUCUUCACCUAUUCUCAUGCCUGGAUCUGAUUUGUGAGAUGUUUUGAGAGGUUACUGUGGCUUUGUAACCGAGAUUUUUUUCUUUGGGAAAUUAACUGUCUUUUCCACAGCCAUUGUGGUAGCCUAGCAACAAGGGACAGCAGAGCAAUAGCAGGGAUUCUAAAACUCUAAGGAAUGAUGCCUGUUGACGUCUGUCCCAGGGAUAAGGGAUCCCAGUGGGCCUGGCUUGAGAUGGGACAAUGCUAUAGCAAGAAAUCUGUGGUCCCAGAGUCUGACAGCCCAGAGAGAAGCAGCAUGACGUCUGGAAGUUUAGAGUCAGAUACACAGCAAGAAAACAAAGUAUCGAAAGUGUCCCUGGAUACUGGACAGAUGGCGUUUACCUUGGCCCAACUUGAGUCAUUGGAGACUUGUCUGAAAGAAGCAGAAGAAAAGGCUAAAGCUUUAUCUGAACAGCUUUCAGUCUCUGAAGGAACAAAGUCAAAACUGCUUGAACAAGUAUCCCGGCUGGAGGAAAAACUGGAGGCUGUGGACCACAAGGAAGCCAGUGGAGAACCAUAUGAAAAAAUGGUUCUUGUGAAAAACCAGUGCAUCCAGAAAUUGCAAGCUGAAGUAAAAGCUUCCCAGGAGCAACUUACAGCCCAGAAACUAAAGCAUGAAAAGAAAGUGAAAAAGCUACAAACUGAUUUGGCAACAGCUAAGCAAGAGGCUGCCAUCACAGUUCUGGAACUCAAUGAGAAGAUAAAGACUCUAUGUGAAGGAAAGCCAGCCCCUAGAGAAGACAGCUCGCUGGAAGGGUUCUGUGGAGGUCUCCCACCUGUGGAAGAAGGUGAUAGAAAAAUUAGCCUGAUAAUGGAACUGUCGACCCAGGUUUCCCUUCAGACUGAGAGGAUCACUCAGCUGAAAGAAGUUUUGGAGGAAAAGGAAAGGAAGAUUCAGCAGCUGGAAGCUGAGCGGAGUCCCCAUCCUCCCCAAGAGGUCAAGGACCCUCCAGGAUGUUUACCAGAAGCCCCAGUUUUCUCUACUGAUGACGUCCCUCCUGUGGUCUCUGAUGAGAAUUUGUAAAGAUUCCCAGUAAGAAAACAAUAAAAGUUUAUUAAGUGUCAUCCAGGUAAAGUCCGAUCCCAAGUAGUGUUCUAGGUGACAAACUCAAGUACAAGUUCAUGCAUUUGACUGUAUACUAUAAUGUUUGUAUUGGAAGGAAACAAAUUAAAGGAAAUGUUCAGGAGCAAA